UGAUUCCGCGUUUCGUCGUGUGUCGGAGUGAAGGGGAGCUGGACGAAGUCGAGGUUGAGCAGACUCGUUCUGGAUUUCAGCUCCGUUUAAAUGGACUGCAGGCGGGCUUCAGCUCUGCGGCGGGACACUCGCGUGGGGGUAUUUUUAUGGCAUUUGAAGUCAUUUUUUAAACCGCCCCAGCUAGCUAGCUAGCUUUCAGCAGGACAACAUGGCGUUAAGACAGAGAAAUGAAGGCUGGGGGUUUAUGUCUGAUAUAUACAUAAAAUAUGGAGGAGCAAGAGAGAAUUGUGGGAAAAGCCUGUGAAUUUCAGCAAGCUGACUUCAGUGCUGCAGAGAACAGCAAUGUGCAAAAAAGCACAAAACCCUCUGAGAGUGUAACGGAAUUGGAGCUGCGUAAAAGCACAGAUACACGCCUUAAAGAGGAGACAUCCAUAAUUCCAGUCCCAGAGAGUCCUGCAGCCUUUCAGAAUUCAUCUGCAGGUCCACUCGAAACUAGCAGUGUUGUCAUUUUUGAUCCAAAUGGACAGCCACUUCAGUGUGAACGUAUGGUGAUUGGGCAGUCACAGAAUGGGCAGUUGUAUGUUAUUCCAUCCAGCCAUCUUGGAGCAACACGACUGUUGCUGCCCAAUGGUCAAGUGUUAAAUACAGCGGACUCGAGAGGAACUUGUAUAGCUAAACCCAGUCAAGAAGACAAGCCAAGCCCUGCUGUAACUACUGGUGACAGUAGCCCUAGCACUUUAACCACAGUAGCACCUCCAAGCUUCACAGCCAUCAAGACUCAGACAAUAAGUUCUCCAGAUGUUUUUGUGCCUCCAGUGAAGCCUCUGCCAGCAGGUGCACCAAAUUGGGCAAAGAGACUUCGCAGCUGUGAGAAGAUUGGUGACUCGUACCGCGGUUACUGUAACACAGAGGCGGAGCUGGAAGCUGUCUUGCUUCUGCAUAAGCAGCACACUCACUCCGUGUUUGGCACCCGUCAGUCACCCUCGCCAGCCAAGCCUGCCACUCGCCUUAUGUGGAAGUCUCAGUAUGUGCCCUAUGAUGGCAUUCCCUUUGUAAAUGCAGGAAGUAGAGCUAUUGUGAUGGAGUGUCAAUUUGGACCACGGAGAAAAGGUGUCCAGCCCAAAAAAGGCACUGUGCAAGAAGCCAAUCAAAAUUCCUCUUACAAAGCUACCUGUCCUGCCAGAAUAUAUAUCAAGAAAGUACAAAAAUUCCCUGAGUAUAAGGUUCCAGUAGACCCCAAAGUGGACAAGAAGGUAGUACGGCAAGAGCAAGAGAAGGCCUUCUUCAACCUAAAGAAGAAACUGUGGGAUACUGGGGGUGUCAUACGGUAUUAUAUUCAGCUCCCUACUCAGAAAGCUCACCUCUAUCAUGAUAUAGACAUAGCAGUCCUACCGCCACCCCCUGAGCAGCCUGGCUUUCCAGAGGAGGACAAUGAGGAUGAGGAAGAUGAGGAAGCGCAGAGAGAAGUAGAGGAAGAUGGGGAAGAGGAGGAUGUCUGUCCGUCUCGACUGCACCCUCUAGUGGCUGAGAAGAUCCGUGAGCUGGUGGCGCAGGGGUGCAACCAGGUCUAUGCUAUCCGAAAACAUCUCAGGAGGUUUGUAGAACGUGAGAUGUUCAAGUCAGACGCAGUACCAGAGAGACACAACCUGUGUUACUUUCCCACUGUAAAUGACAUCAAGAACCACAUGCACGAGGCUCAGAAGAGCUUGCAGCUGCCAGAGGGAACACUGGCCUCCCCGGGAUCAGAGUGGAAGGCAGAGAAUGAGAACCUCUUUACAGAGACUGUGACCCUGACACUGACCCCUGCCCCUGUUAAUGUGAACUCACAGGAGGAAGGAGUUUUAGAAGGCGGUGACACUCUUUCUCCUGAAGCUGUUCAGCUCUUUAGCUCUCUCACCUCCGUCCAGCCCAAGAUCUUUGCACAGCUGCAGGGUGUCCAGCUGCAACCAGCCAUGUGUCCAGCAGAGGGCUCUUUUGGGCAGCAGCCUGUUUCAGAAGCAGAGCCCAUGGACUCCUCAAACCCCUUAAACCCACACACUCUGUUCCUGAGCCCUUCAUCCUUCCUGCAGUCUAGCUCCUCUGCUGGAGAGGCUACAGCUGUUCCUGGGCCUGGUGCUUUGCUUGAAAUGGGUCAGCUGGUUAACAUCUCCUCCUUGGAGACCGGGCGUACUGAGGGGGACGUCACACAGAUACUACUGGAAGACGGACAGACAAUUCCAGUGCAGAUAGUGGACCCAUCUAGCAUAGCGCUAAGUGCUUCACUGGAACGGACGCUGGUGGAAGAGGGCAGGGAGGUGAAACCUACAGAUAUUUCAACAGAGCAAUCCAGAGACCAAGGCUAGGCCGGCCACAAGACCAGUGAAGACUCGGAUCUUGCUGUUUUUUUGCAAUGAAACUGAUCAAGGAGGAGGACUGAAUAACUGCACUGUAUUACUGACGGGACAUGGCAACCUAUGCAAUGUUUCCAGUUUUUUUUUUUUUCUCAUUUGAAUACUGUAUUAAUUUAUUAAGUUUGAGUUUGUUGAAAACCAAAUGUGUAUUAAAUGCAGAAAUGAAUAACUAAGACGUAAGUGAUGUCCUUCAUUUCUUUGCUUUUUGUCUCUCUCAGAUGACUCUGAAGAAGCUCUACAGAUUUAGCUGUGAGCCCCAAAUCUGUAGAGCUCCCAAAUCAGUCUGUGACUACUGAUGAACUAUGUUGUUUAUUUGUUCAAGCACUAUAUAUUUAAUGUAUUUGUUGGCAUUUUCUGCUUGUUUUUGGUUGUGUCUCAUGUUUGAUAAAUUGCUGUAAAUUUUGUAAAUUGCUGUAAAUGAAGUACUUGUGUUCUGCAAGCUAAAGCUGAUUACGCAAUCAGUAAACCAGUUAUUAUAA